AGAGGAUAAAAGUAUUGAAACUUCGUCUGUGUGAAAUGAAGAACGAUGAGGGGCGAAAUGUCUUUCAACGGAAGUUCCAUAAACCCGACAUCCGNUACGAAAUUCGUUGCGAGGAAAUCAGCCGAGACGAAGGCAGUCGAACUGCGAGAUUGGUCCUACCGUUCGACUCCAUCGAAAGUGAGAAAGACGAAAAAGUGAUCCUCCUUCUCGGUGCGACUGGAACAGGGAAGAGCACUCUGGUGAACGCCGUCGUGAAUCACUUCUACGGCGUGGAAUACGAAGACCCGUUCCGUUUGGUUUUGAUCCCGGAAACGGAAGGCGUGAGGGCGUCGCAGUCCCAGACGACUUGGGUCACGGCGUACGAGUUGCCGUGGCAAGAGGGAUGUCGCGCGCCGUACGGUCUCACGAUCGUGGACACCCCCGGGUUCGGGGACACGAAGGGAUUGACGGGGGACAAGGGCAUCACGACCCAGUUGCAAAAAUUCUUCGGCGGGGGAGGGCUGAAGCGGGUCGACGGGAUCGGGUUCGUGGUGCAGGCGUCGAGUGCGAGGCUGACCCCGACGGAGAAAUACAUCUUCGACUCCGUUCUUUCGGCGUUCGGGAAGGACGUCGCCGGGAACAUUUACGUGAUGGUCACGUUCGCCGACAAUCGCUCGCAGCCCGUCCUCGAGGCCAUCAAGGACGGGAAGAUCCCUCACGUGGACUCCUUCCCCUUCAACAACUCCGCCCUGUACGCCCGCAACGACGAAUCCUCGGACAGCCGCAUCGACUCCAUGUUCUGGAGGCUGGGCGCGGCCGCCUUCUCCCGAUUCUUCGAGAGGUUCCGCGAAUCCACGGCGGUGAGUCUCAGUCUGAGUGCGGAGGUCUUGAAGGAGAGAGCGGCGCUCGAGGCGAUCAUUCGCGGCAUCCAGGAUCAAAUUCAAGGCGUCCUGAACAUACUGGCUGAGAUCAGCGAGGAAAAGGCCGUUCUGGAGAGAAGACGAGCAGAAGUGGAAGCGAAGAAAGACUUCACUUACGAGGUGCAAGCGCCGAAGGUGAGGAAGAUGGACCUGAAGGGCGACCUGGCGACCAAUUGCUCGAAGUGCAACAUCACGUGCCAUUUCCCGUGCAAGCAGCGACGCGGCGACGUGGAAUUGCAGUGCGAGGUCCUGGACCCGUUCACGGGUCGUUGCAUGGUGUGCCCUUGCGACUCGAAGCGGCACGUCAGCAGGCCGUAUCGCUUGGAGACCUACGUCGAGAAGGAAAGCAGGAACCUGAAGGACUUGCGAGCAUCGCACCGAGACGCAGGAACGGCCGAGGACUUGUUGGGGGCCUUGAGGAAGAGACACUCGGAGAGUCGGUCCAGGGUCCUUCACCUCCUCGCAAGGGCACACGAGAAGCUCGAGAGACUGGAGGAAAUCGCCUUGAAGCCCAACCCCAUCACGAUCACCGACUACGUGAAACUGCUGAUUUCGUCCGAGAAGCACGAGGGGAAGCCCGGCUGGAUGGAGCGAGCCAAAAUUCUCCAGGAAAUCGGGGAACGCAUCGCAAACGAAAAGACGGCCGACGAACGAGGAAGCGUUCCCUUCGAGGAACCGAAUAAAAAUCGAACCGAACUGAAGCCUCGUGGCGCUCAUGCGCCCGGGGAAAAUCUUGUGACACCCAACCACAAGAAUGGAGAAAAUGCAAAAACGGAGGAACAAAUGAGGAAUCUUCAGCAUCAGAACGAUGAGGGGCGAAAUGUCUUUCAACGGAAGUUCCAUAAACCCGACAUCCGAUGGCAACUGCUUGCCAACGAGUUCCAAAGGACCGGGACCGUUGCAGAUUCAAAAUGCUCCGAAGAUCCGAGUGCAACCCAGGAAAUAAUCAACAGGGCCAGUGAAGCCAGAAAGGAGCCAGACGAAGUCCAUGCGACGAGCAUCGUCAGAAAGGCAAAUUCCUGCAUCAACGGGAUGCUUUUAGGAUGGAUCCUGCAUCCUAAACCGCAGAAUCUCGGAAAUUGUUGGAACUCGUUGAGAAGUAGACGGAUGUUGGCAUCUGCUGGGGCA